AAAAAAAAAAAAAAAAAAAAAAAAGAUUCCGCACCUUUACGCAAUCCGAUGAAGUCUUCACAUCAAGGUAAAAGACCAUGUACCAAAAGGACGAAAGGGACAGUGUCAGAAAAGACUUCCGAAGAACAGAAUAGAGCCAAGCUUACGGGAAAGGGCACCACAAAGCAUGCGAGACGUGGAGGAGAAGGACAUAUGGCCAGUCCACUGACACAAGGUUGCGAUUUGUGGGGGACAAAAGGUUUGUAAUUGUUAAGUACAAUCUACAUGAAAAAAUAACGGAAUGAACCAGAAUAUUAGGUAUAAAAGGAGUAAUACAGGAAUUCAAGGCAACAAUGAGAGCAAAUAGCAUUAAGGUAAUAUGCAAAAAAACAAGAAAGAAG